AUGAUUCGAUUACAUGAAGCCAAGAUGCUACAGACUCUGCACCAAUCCCUGACCAAAAGCAUCCCAGAGGCAAUGAAGGUAUAUGGCUCCAUUUUUCAUAUCAUUCGUGGAAACCCCUUCAACCAGGAGGUGUUGGUAAACUCUUGGCCAGACUAUCAGACCGUCAUUACCUGGCCCCAGAAACAGGAAAUGAUGGAUGACAAGGAUUACUACACAGACACUUGCCACAUAUUUUCCAAGGACUUUCAAAAGUUGCCAGAGAUUCUAGGAUCUGAUAGCGUAAUCAACUGGAGACAAAGCCUCACAAUCCAAGGAAAGAGUUUGAGGGUGAAAGGAAAAUGGUUUCAUUUGAGCCUUACAACAACACGGUGAGCUGUGCACGUCUAGGAUUAUGAAGGAGAAAGCUUAGGCUUAGAACAAGUGACUUUGUCCAGGA